UCUACUCAGAGGCAGAUGGGAUGAUGGUGGUCCGGCAACGGCGGUCCUGACCCCUCCAUCCUCGGUAAUAAGGCACUGGGCGUAAUCGUCACGCUUUCACCGUGUCCCGCAUCACGACCAAACAUUGACUUCUCUAUUGUCUCAACUUCCCCUUUUCUUUCUUAUCCUUCAUAUCCCCUACUACUCCUUCUCCCAUCUUGGAUUUGCAUCAAUAUGCCGGCCUUUCGUCGCGAACUAUUCGAAGGCCAAUCGAAAGCCAACGCUCAAGAGAAUGGAGCCGCCACCCAGAAUGGCGUCCAUCCAACAGAGACGCUCGAUGCUGUAGUAGUCGGCGCUGGCUUUGCCGGUGUCUACAUCCAUUACAAGCUGCAAAAGGCCGGCUUCAAAUCAAAGAUCAUCGAGGCCGGCGAUGCACUCGGAGGAAUUUGGGCAUGGAACAGAUACCCCGAUGCCCGAGUUGACUCGCAAUACCCGAUCUAUGCAUAUUCGAUACCCGAAGUAUACGAGGAUUGGUACUGGAACUCCGAUUACCCCGACCACAACGACAUGCGAGCCUACUUUGAGCACGUCGACAAGAAACUCGGGAUCAAGAAGGAUACCUAUUUCGACACCGCCGUAGAGACAGCCACAUGGGAUGACGAAGAGUGCAUGUGGACGCUCAAAUGCAACACUGGACUCGUGGUCAAAGCUCGCCACUUCGCCGCGUGUAUCGGGUUCGCAGCUAAACGCUACUUUCCGGUGGAAUGGGAAGGGUACGAGAACUUUGAGGGUUUUAUGUGUCAUUCCUCCUUCUGGCCUAAGGACGAUGUUGACGUGCGAGGCAAGAAGGUCGCCGUGAUCGGAACUGGAGCGACGGGUGUCCAAAUUGCCCAGAAUUGGGGCAGGCAUGUUGGUGAGAACGGAUCGCUAAAGAUCUUCCAGAGGACGCCGAAUUACGCAUGCCCCAUGAACAUCAAAUACCUCACCAAGGAGCAGCAAGACGUUGACAAGGAGCGCUACCCGGAGCUCUUUGAUCAACGCUGGGUCAAUUACAACGGGUUUCUCUACCAGUUCCGGGACGAGUCGAUGUUUGACUAUACCCCGGAGCAAAGGAAGGAGCUUUUCGACAUGCUGUGGAACAUGGGCGGCUUCAGAUAUCUUAUGAACAACACGAAAGACCUGACUCGAGACUUUAAGGCGAACCGCAUUGGGUAUGAUUACUGGCGAGACCGAAUUCACGAGCGCGUUGAAGACCCCGAGACCGCUGAAAUCCUGGCACCCAAAGAGCCGCCUCAUCUCUUCGGCGGAAAGAGACUGUCCCUCGAGCAGGACUACUACGACAACUUCAACAAACCCAACGUUCACAUCGUCGACAUGAAACGCAGCCCUAUCGUCAAGUUCGAGAAAAACGGCAUCCGACAAGAAGAUGGCACCUUUCACGAGCUCGACAUUGUGGCGCUAGCUACCGGUUUCGACAGCAUCACAGGCGGCAUGAACGCAAUCGAGAUCAGAGGCAAGAAUGGCGAGCUCUUGAAUGGAAAGUGGAAGGACGGAGUGUACACCUACCUCGGCAUGACCUCCACGGGCUUCCCCAACUUCUACUUCACCUAUGGUCCGCAGGGCCCCACGGCCUUCUCCAACGGACCCUCUUGCAACGAAUUGCAGGGUGACUGGAUCGUGGAUGUGAUGCAGUAUAUGAAAGACCAUGGUCUGAAAAGUAUCGACCCGAAGAAGAAGGAGGAGCUUCGCUGGAAGCAGACUGUCACGGAGCUGAGCUUGGUCGGCGUCAGAGGCCAUACGCAUUCGUGGUAUGACGGAAGUAACAUUCCAGGCAAGAAAGUUGAGCCGCUAAAUUACGCCGGCGGGAUUCCGGUGUACAUCAAGGAGAUCUCCCACGAGACGAAGAAUGAGUAUCCAGGUUUCGAUCUUCGGUAAAGUCUCGACAUUAUAUACGAGUAUUUACGCUGAAUGUGAGCAAGUCUUGUUACCGCGGCCUGUCCUAUUUCUCGGGUCGUGUGUCCACUAAGGUUGUUGAUCCAUCAAGGUCGGCAUCCAAGAAGACACCCAUCAUUACCUUAGU